GUGACGCUAAGGCAGGAAGCCACGCCCACCAGGCGUGCAGCUGCUUCCGGUGUCGGCGUGUGAAGGCAGGUCGGGCGGAGUAGAAGGAAGCUGCUAAGGUGACGUCAGUAAGCAAUGGACAAGCAUUUCCUCCUGCUGAGUCUCAGCCUCUGGGCUCUCUGUGCCCUCUGCAAACCUACUGAGAAAAAGGAUCGUGUGCACCAUGACACCCAGCUCAGUGACAAAGUACAUGACGACUCUCAGAGCUUUGAUUAUGACCAUGAUGCAUUUUUGGGAGCAGACGAAGCCAAGUCAUUCGACCAGCUGACUCCGGAAGAGAGCAAGGAAAGGCUAGGAAUCAUUGUAGCUAAGAUAGACUUGGAUAAGGAUGGGUUUGUGACGGAGGGGGAGCUGACUGCAUGGAUCAAGAAGACCCAAAGAAAAUAUGUGUACGACAACGUCGAGCGCCAGUGGCAGGAGUUUGACAUGAACCAAGAUGGAUUUAUAUCAUGGGAAGAGUACAGAAAUGUCACCUAUGGCACUUACCUGGAUGAUCCUGAUCCUGACAACAGUUUUAAUUACAAACAGAUGCUGGUGAGGGAUGAGCGUCGUUUUAAAAUGGCUGACAAAGAUGGCGAUCUGAUUGCCACAAAAGAGGAAUUUACAGCAUUCCUGCACCCUGAAGAGUAUGAUUAUAUGAAGGAUAUUGUUGUGCUGGAAACAAUGGAAGAUAUCGAUAAAAAUGGAGAUGGAGUGAUUGAUUUGGACGAGUACAUAGGUGAUAUGUAUAACCACGAUGGUGAUGCCAAUGAGCCAGAGUGGGUAAGGACUGAAAGAGAACAGUUUGUAGAGUUUAGAGACAAGAAUCGUGAUGGCAAAAUGGACAAAGAGGAAACCAAGGAUUGGAUCUUACCCUCUGACUAUGACCAUGCUGAGGCUGAAGCUCGCCAUCUUGUUUAUGAAUCUGACGAAAACAAGGAUGGCAAGCUGACACGAGAAGAAAUCGUUGAUAAAUAUGACUUAUUUGUGGGCAGUCAAGCUACAGACUUCGGGGAGGCAUUGGUGAGACAUGACGAGUUCUAAAGAAGAGCAUUGACUCAGCCUUCACUCCUGAGAACAGGAGACUUCUCACCCUUUUCAUGGGCUUCAGAGUGUGCAGCCAGAAUACAAAGGACAAAAGUAAUUUAUUGUAAACGGACUUUUCAAACUUGGGAGAGAAGAUGACGCAAACCUAACUCUGAUUACUCUUUGGAGACCACAUAGACGUUACUUUAUAAAUUCAGAUGCCUCAUAACGGCAAUAACACUAUUCUUCAGUUUUACUGUUUUGUUCUUCACUUUUAUUUUUGUCCUGGGAUAUGCCUGCAGUGUUUAAGAGUUGGAUUCAUUCCACAUUACUGGCAUAUUGUUGGCUCUAAUCUAGCCAUGCUUAACCCCUAUCCUAGAGGCCCACCAAGAGUUCAUUGUUUCCUUCUA